GAACCAUCCGCCCAUCUCUUAGAAGUUAUGGUUGCAGUCUGAGUGUAUACGACCGCUGUUGUAUCGGCCUGAAUUCAAUUUUUAAAUUGAAGGAAGUAACAAAACAACACAAGAAUGGUGCGCAUGAAUACCCUGGCUGAUGCUCUCAAGUGCAUCAACAAUGCUGAGAAGAAGGGCAAGCGGCAGGUGCUGAUCAAGCCCUCAUCUAAAGUUAUUGUCAAGUUCCUGACAGUGAUGAUGAAGCAUGGCUACAUCGGAGAAUUUGAGAUCAUCGACGACCACAGAUCCAACAAAAUCGUCGUCAACCUAACAGGACGCAUCAUGAAGUGCGGUGUCAUCUCCUCACGAUUUGACGUUUCUAACCUGGCUAUUGAUAAGUGGGCCAACAACCUCCUGCCCUCCAGACAGUUCGGGCACGUUGUAUUGACCACGUCCGACGGCAUCAUGGAGCACGAAGAAGCCAAAAGGAAACAUCUUGGAGGCAAAAUUCUAGGUUUCUUUUUCUAAAUAAAAAGACCAGAAUGAUG